CCUUUAAAGUGCGGCCGCUGUGGCUGUCAGCUCCAUGCCCUCUCUGUCUCUGCGGAGGUUUGGCUGAAGACGAAGAAGAGCAUGGGCACAGGGGAUUACAUCUGCGUGACGGUGCGUGGUGGUGCACCUUGGGGAUUCACCCUGCGAGAGGGAGAGGGUGACACCUACAGACCUUUCUUAAUUUCCCAGGUAGAGGAAGGUGGCCAUGCUUUCUUGGCUGGAGUGCAGGAAGGUGAUGAGGUGGUGUCACUCAAUGGAGAGCCGUGUGCUGAUCUCUCCCUUUUACGAGCCUUUGCCCUCAUUGACACAUCAAUUGACUGCCUGCAGCUUCUUCUCAAAAGAUUCUGCCCCAUGUCUAGCAGAGACCUUGAAUCAGAAGAAACCUACUGUAGUGAGAGAGAGUCUUCAGGUGAUGGUUUAGCGAGCACCACCCUCCACAUUAUAUCUCCAAAGCACAGGUCCCAAAGCCCAACAGAACUCUACAUAUCUGCGUCACAAGAUGAGGCCCACUAUGGGGAGAUGGACAGCAUUAUGACAUUACCAAGGGGACCCCAUCAGCUUUGCACCCAGCUACAUGCUCCGCCACCUGACCAGAGAGGUCGAGAAUCUGAUUUUAAGGAAAAUGAAGAACAGCGCUGCUUCUCCCCUGGAGAAAUGGUCGAACUCCAGGUAUCCCUGUCUGAGCAAAGGUUGGAUGACACGAGCUGUACCUCUCUCGGGAGUGCUCAUGGGAUCGAGGGGGAAUUAUCAAACAGAGAGGCUGUUGAGACUCACUCUAUACCACUCUCUGGCAGAGAGCCACUUGGCCAGCAUGGGGUGGUGCUCAGCCACCCUUCGAUGCUGGGGCAGGUGGAGGUCAUUUUGCAGCAGCCGUCAGCAUCAGGAGCAGGGAGGGGCAUCCUGAGUGUGGGUGGCCCCAGGGUCAGUGGAAGUGUUGGAUCCCAAAGUGAAGGAGAAGAAGGAGGAGGGCCCAAUGAGGGACUUCCUGGGUCUUUUACGGUUUCAUUUGGAAUUCCCACAGGAGAGGCAACACCAGCAGUAGAAGAGCACUCUGAUUCUGAAGGGGAUCAAGACAAACCUAACAAGCAUCGGGCAAGGCACUCUAGGCUCAGGCGUAGCGAGAGUUUGUCUGACAAGCAGGUGAAGGAGGCCAAGUCCAAAUGUAAACGUAUUGCUCUCCUUCUUACGGCUGCUCCACCCAACCCCAACAACAAGGGGGUGUUGAUGUUCAAGAAACAUCGGCAGAGAGCCAAAAAAUUCACACUUGUGAGCUACGGCACUGGAGAGGACGAACGAGAGAACAGUGACGAAGAGGACGAAGAAAACGACGACAACGGACAAGAAACACAUACUGUUGAAUUUACCCUUGUGGCUCCUAAAGGGACUGAAAUAGAUAAGCAUUUCCUCACUAAUGCCCAUAGUAGAGAAGGUGUGCUGACUAUCAACUGGGACAAGGGUCUUCUUGAGAUUGAAAGGAACCUAAACAACCAAUCAGAGAUGGAGUGUUUGCCUGACACCAAGGGUAAGGGUGCCCUUAUGUUUGCUCAACGGCGUCAGAGGAUGGAUGAGAUUGCUGCUGAACAUGAGGAGCUUAGGCGUCAUGGGAUUCCCGUGGAAGGAGUGCAGGAGACUGAGAAGAAGACAGUGGAGCAAUCCUACAUGCAGUCAGCAACAGAGGGUCAUGUAUACAUGGAUGUAACUACACAUCAGCAAAGCCAACAACAACAGUACCAGCAAUAUCAAGAACAACAGUACUAUGAGCAACAACCAAGCUAUCAACAACCUCAACAGAGCUACCAACAUCAACAACAGAACUAUCAACAGCAACAACAACAAUAUGAACAACAGUAUCAGCAACAGCAGUAUGAACAGCAGCAUUAUCAACAGCAAAUGUAUCAGCAGCAACAAGGAUAUCAUCAAGAACAACAGCACAUGAAGCACUAUUCUACAAACAUCAAUGGCACAGUCCAACAUCAAACCAGUGAAAGUUCUUUCACCAAUCGCACUGCAAAGCCUUUCUCAGUUGGAAAUGUGAUGGCUUCCCCUUAUUCUCCUGCAAUGAGUGGGACCAAUCAAGAUUCUGUGGGCCAAGAGCAAAUAGCAUCACGUGAUGAGCGCAUUUCUACCCCUGCAAUUCGGACUGGCGUUCUUCAGGAUACAAGGAGGAAAAACACUGGCAAGCCAAUGUUCACAUUUAAAGAUGCACCAAAAGUGUCACCUAACCCAGCAUUACUGAACCUCCUCAACAGGCCUGGUAAGAAGCUGGGUUUUGAGUCAGGACCUGAGGAAGACUAUCUUAGCCUUGGGGCAGAGGCUUGUAAUUUCCUCCAGUCUCCAUGUGUUAAACAUAAGACUCCACCACCAGUGGCUCCAAAGCCUAUGAUAAACCCCAAUUCUCCUCCUUGGUCCUCACAGAUGGAAAUGAACAACCAGGACACAGCUCAGCAUGCUGAAAAUAGUGUAUCCACACCUGCUGUAGCCCCCACCACAGAUGCCACCCCUGCACCAGAGCUGGAGCCAACCCCUGCACCUGCUCCUAAGCCCUCACCCCCUCCUGCUCCCCAGGAGGCUCCUGCCAGCAUUACCACAGAGGAACAGCACACAUGGACACUCCCAGAGGCUGAAUCUCAAGAACAAUCCAUGCAAGUGACAGCCCAGGAGGAAAAUAGUCGUAUAAAUUCUACUUUGCAGUCAGAGCAAGGUGCUGGGACUACCUGGGCUGUAACUCAAUCACAGUCACAGCAGCCAUCCACCACCUCCUGGAAUCCAGCUAAAAUGCAACCCCGGGAAUCACCUCCAAAUCAGACUCCACCACAGGAACAUUGGGUAACACAACAGACUACUCAAGUGCAGCCUCAUUCCUCUGCAGCUACUUGGACCCCUGCAAGUCAGCCAUCCUGGAGUCAGCCUCAAGAGCAAGCACAAAUCCAUAUUCAUGGUCAGCCACACUGGGCCCAGCCUGUAGAGCAACCACAGCCUGAGCCUCCGGUUCAGUCACACCAGACCCAGCCAGUAGAGCAGCCUCAGUCAAAGCCACAGGUUCAGCCACGCUGGGCUCAGCCUGUUGAACAACCACAGAGUCAGACACAGAUACAGCCCCCCUGGGCACAUUCUCAUGAACAGCCACGUGUGCAGCAAAUGCAACUAUCUUGGGGUCAGCCUCAAGAACCGGUGCAGCAACAGGCCCAAGCCCCAUGGGCACAGCCAUUAGGAAAACAAUCUCUGCAUCAACCAUCAUGGCAGUCACCCCAACAAAAUCCACAAGAACAACCUACAUGGGUUAGACAGGUUCAACCAGAAUCUCAACCACAGCCACCAUGGGCUCAGCAACCACAGCAACAUGCUCCACAACAAGCAUGGCCACAGGCCCAAUCACCAGAACAACCUCAACCACCUUGGGUCUCAGCUCAGCCUCAACAUUCACAGCAACGUAAUGCAUGGCCCCCAUCACAAGCUCAACCAGAAACUCAGCCAUCUUGGAUGCAAGCAACACAAGCACAAGCUCAAGUGCAAACUCAGGCCAAUUUGAAUCCAUGGGCACCAGUAACUACCCAGUCUCAAUCCCAACCAUCAUGGACCCAGCACCCUCCAGAACAAAGUCAGAACACCAUGCCGUCAUGGGCCCAAGAGCAAAAUCAACCACCUUGGGCUCAACGAGUUCCACCACAGUCUUCACCACAGCCAAAUACAGUCUGGCCUCCAGCUCAGUCACAGCCUCAGACAAUUGUGAAUGCUUGGACACCAGAGUCAAAGCAAACACCCGUGCAUGUUUCCACAUCAAUGGUUAACGAUCGCCCUUCUCCAAAACCUUGGCAUCCACCACAAAAUCCCACACAAAACCGUACCCCACCACCUCCACCACAGCGAAUGCACUCUUUUACCACUGGUCAAAGAGCUUCAUCACUGAUCAACCCAAUGGCCACUACCUUAAACCCAUCAUCUGCAGGUCCAGCUUAUGAGAUGCCAGUUGUCAGAGGGAAAGGAGCUGAAAUGUUUGCCAAGAGGCAGUCUCGUAUGGAAAAGUUUGUUGUGGACUCUGAGACUGUGCAAGCAAACAAGGCAACCCGGUCGUCAUCGCCAACUGCUUCCUUACCAAAUGAGUGGAAGUAUACCCCAAACGUACGUGCUCCACCUUCACGGGCAUUUAAUCCUAUUCAGUCCCCUUUUUAUCCCCCAGCAGCCACAAAGCAGCCCCUACUAGGUACAUCUUCAUCCAAAGACAAGAAAAAAGGCAAAGAUAAGCAAACACCUGCCCGUAAACCCCUCAGUGUGGUAGACGUGAUGAAACAUCAGCCAUAUCAACUCAAUUCAUCACUCUUUACAUUUGGCCCAGCAGAGGAGGCUCCCAAGCCCCCUGCACCUAAGCCCGACUGUUUGCCUUCUAACCCCCCCAUUGAAAACCAACCAGCUAGUUAUGAGCAAAUGGCUCCCAUCCAGCCAACUGGACAGUUUAAUGCUCCUUACCCCCAGCAGGACUAUGGGAUGCCCAUGCAAGUGAUGAUGCAUGAUGGUCAAUACCAGCAAAACCCAGCUAAUAUCUAUGCUCCCGAUAAUACUUUUCAGCAACAUCCUGACAGUUUUUAUCAGCAGGCAUAUAACCAACAGUAUCAACAUCCUGCCCCUCCUGCUUAUCAUCCCCAAUCUCCUCAAUCUUCCAUCCCUGCCUACCAACAAGCAUCACAGGUUCCCUACCAACCAGCUAGCAGCCCUCCUUACCUUGCAGCUCCCUCAGUAAUCUACCAACAGCAGCCUCCCAGUAGCUAUGUUGCUCCUAGUUUUCUGGUGGCUGCUAGGCCUGAAUCUGCAUCAGGUAGCAACACUGUCAAUGCACCUAAGCCUAGGUUUACAGCUAAAAAGAGUUCAGCUCAGGUGUGGAAGCCUACAACAGUUGAUAAAGAGUGAAUGCUUGAUUUAGGCUUAAAUCACUGGUCAAUACUGUUGCAAUCCACUGCCAAGUGGAACAUUUUGAGUUCAUGAAAUAGAUUUUGCAGUGAUUACACUUCCACCAGUAUUUUUUAUCCCUGAACAGAGCUUGAUGGGUUUUUAGAGCUAAUGUGAACAAUAACACAAAAAUUAAAAAGACACAAAUAAGAACAGGUUGGAAGUAUCUGAUCAGACAUAAAGAAGCCAAAAUGAAGUUUUUGAAUCCACCAUAUAGAUAUUUCACUAUAAAUGUAUAUAUAUAAAGUAAACAAUCGUCAUCAAAGUUAAUAUGACAGAAUUUAAAGUGGUGGCGAUAAAAGAAUGUAGGGGAGUGUGAUAUUUACUGAGCUGAAAGAAGAAAAGGAAUUCUAAUGUGAAGGGGACGUGACAGUGACAACAGAAAGUUGAUAUUUGAAAAGGAUACAAUGCAAACUAAAAUGCAAUUAACAAAAAAAAAAAGUAAGAAUAAGAUUAAGUGGUGAGGAAGGGCUGUAAGGUGUAGUGAUACCAAACACAAGGCUACAUUUUAAAUUUCAUUUGUUAGUAGAAAAGUGUAGAGAUUAUAUAACAACCAUGGGGAGUUUCACGGCAAAAAAAAGCAGCACAUCCAUAAAAAAUGUGACAAUGAACAGUGACUUGUUUAAGCUUCAAAUGCUUGAUUGGUAAACAUUUUUCUUUAAUGCUUCCUCUUCAACAGGGCCUAAGUAGGUUAGUUUUAUUUUAAGCUCUUUGCCAGCUGUUGCAUCAUGGUAGGCACUAUAUUUAAAUGGCCUCAUGAGACAGUCUGCUGAGGUCCAGGAAUAGUAGGCUUAAAUUUCAUUGUAAGCCUUAAGGGAAAAGCUACUAUUUAUCUCACCCUGGUAGUAUUUUUUCUGAAAACAUGUAGUUUAAUAUAGUAUAUUGUCCGCUGUGUCGGCCUCACCCUUUCAUUCAUCUUCUCUUGCUUUUUUUUUAUAUGAAUAGAUAAUAAUGUGCAAAAGAAGAAUUGUUAAAUUAAUAACUAUAGCCCAAGAAUGUUCACAAAUAUAUUUUUGGUACAGGGCUGCAUUUGUUAUUUGUGUUCCUUUUCCUUUUCUUUCGUGUGUUUCUCUUCAUAAUGCACUUUCUGUAUUAUUCACAGUGCCAUUAAAAUGUCUUUUAUCCUUG